UAGAGGUCAAACACAUCUUCAAUUGACGUACUUUCUUACGCAGACCGCAUAUAACACAUCUUCGGUGGCUUAAAGACAUUUCUAUAAAUCUCUAUAUAUCUAAUACUAAAUGUAACUUAGUGGACAUACCCCACUUGCAUAUAAAAUUGUCACCACCACCGAUCGUAUCAUAUACACUUUAUAUUCUCUAAUUCAUAUAUCCUCUAGACUCUUAACCAAACAAAAAGAAGGAGCAAACAAAAGAAAGUUCAAAGAAAGGAAAAAUUAUGAUAAGGGAAGAAUGUACUCCAAGUUCAUCGUGGUGGGAAGAUGUUCAACAUCAUCAUAAUGAUCAUGCAAACUCCAUUAGUUCGACGUCGUUUUACCAUAAGAAUAGUACUAAUAACUCGAACGCAAACGCAAGCUGUGAAGGAGACAAUCUCUCGAUCUCGACCGUAAACGCUGCAAAUCGUUUUGACCUAACCGCUCAAUCCUCCAAUCAUCACUCUCUCUCGGCUCCGAAUCAGCAUGUUUCCUCCUCCGAUGAGUUGCUACGAGACCAUGUCGCCUCUUCUCAUAAUCAGCUAUGGAGUCUUGCCUUCUCGCCUGGUAGAAGCUUAGGAGCUCAAAUGAUGAGUCAUAAUCAUCAACAUCAUCACAUAACAUCUUCAAGAAAUUCAUCAACAACAUCAGAAUUACCUUUCGAGCCAGCCUGCGAUAACGGUAACGGUAACGGUUGGAUCUACGAAACAAACCAAGUUAGGUACGAUCAAAAUAGUGAACAAAGGCUGUCAAAGUUAACGGAUCUAGUAGGCAAACACUGGUCGCUUGCACCGCCGAAUAAUCCCGACAUGAACCACAACCUUCAUCAUCACUUUGAUCAGACAAACGAGGACGUUUCUAUGUAUAGACAAGCGUUGGAAGUGAAAAACGAGGAAGAUCUUUGUUACAAUAAUGGCUUAAGUAGUGGUGUUUCGUUGUUUCACGAUGCUAUAGAAAGUUCUAGAAGUUUCCUUGAUAUAAGGUUAAGUAGGCCAUUAACGGAUAUUAAUCCGUCGUUUAAGCCAUGCUUUAAGGCCGUAAACGUACCAGAGUUCAACAAGAAAGAGCAUCAAACGGCAUCACUGGCAACGGUGAGACUGGGAACAACAAACGCCGGCAAGAAGAAAAGAUCUGAUGAAGUUUCCGAUGAGGUCUCCAAGAAGGCCAAGUGCGGCGGGGGCUCUGCACUCUCUCCGGAGAAGGAAUUACCGAAAGCCAAGCUUCGAGACAAGAUCACGACUCUACAGCAAAUUGUGUCUCCCUUUGGAAAGACGGAUACUGCUUCUGUGCUUCAAGAGGCCAUCACUUACAUAAAUUUUUAUCAAGAGCAAGUAAAGCUGCUAAGCACUCCUUAUAUGAAGAACUCAUCAAUCAAGGAUCCAUGGGGAGGAUGGGACAGGGAAGAUCACAACAAAAGAGGACCAAGACAUCUCGACCUAAAGAGUAGAGGGCUUUGCUUGGUUCCUAUUUCUUGCACCCCAAUUGCAUACCGCGAUAACAGUGCAACUGACUACUGGAGUCCUUCGUAUAGAGGUUCUUUGUAUCGUUGAUUAUGAUCAAAAUCAACUGGUAUAGAUAGAAACUGUGUAGAGAGAACGAUAAGAUUAGUGAUGAACCAGGAAACAUCGGUGAUUCUACAGUGGAGCAAGCAGUAGGACGGGAAAACAAUAUAUGUAUGUAUACUAUAUAUGCAUAAGAAUCAUUAGGGUCACAAUUCUAUGAUUUGUAGUUGUUUAUGAUAACCUAAAACAUUGUGAUUUGGCCCUGUAUAGAAUACAAUAAUAUUGGCGUUUUAUUUAGGUAUUCUAAAAUGCAAUACAAGACCAG